AUUAUAUCUCUCUCUCCUCUCUCUCUCUCUCUCUCUCUCUCUCUCUCUCUCUUUCUCUCCUCUCUCUCGUUCAACAAUGUAUUCUUCACUCGACUCUUUCCUGUCCUUGAUCUUCUUCUUCACCAUUCUCUCCCUUACACAUUCGUCAACCGAGUACCUCAAGCUACCGUUAAUCCCUCGAACAACACUCUCCAACGUCUCCAACAUCCUCGCCGCCGACCUCCACCGCAUCUCCGGCCUCCGUACUUUGCCUCAGUCUCCGCUCACCUCCGGCGCCGCCAUGGGCUCCGGACAGUACUUUGCGGACCUCCGCAUCGGAUCCCCGCCGCAGCGCCUCCUCCUGGUAGCCGACACCGGCAGCGACCUUGUCUGGGUGAAAUGCUCCGCCUGCCGUAACUGCUCCACCAAGCGACCCGGAUCCGCAUUCCUGCCCCGACAUUCCAGAAGCUUCUCCUCCUACCACUGCUACGACUCGCCGUGUCGAUUUGUCCCUCAGCCCACACCCACACACUGUAACAACCGCACCAAACUCCACACACCCUGCCGCUACGAAUAUUCCUACGCGGAUGGGUCCACAACAACGGGCUUCUUCUCCAAGGAAACGACGACGUUCAACACCAGCUCCAACAAACAAGGGAAAAUUAAAAACCUGGCAUUCGGGUGCGGGUUUAAAACCUCUGGCCCCAGUGUAACAGGCUCCAGCUUCAACGGCGCGCAGGGCGUAAUGGGACUGGGCCGCGGGCCCAUUUCGUUUACUUCCCAACUUGGCCGCAAAUUUGGUAACACCUUCUCUUACUGUCUUCUCGACUACACCCUAUCCCCGGCCCCAAAAAGCUACCUUACAAUCGGCGCCUCCUCAAACGACGUCAUUUCGCGGAAGCUGUUCAGUUACACGCCUUUUGCCACUAACCCUCUGUCUCCCUCGUUUUAUUACAUCACCAUCCAGAGUGUCUCAGUUGACGGCAUUAGGUUACCGAUAAACACUUCCGUUUGGGGGAUCGAUGACAACGGAAACGGAGGCACCGUCCUGGACUCCGGCACCACGAUUUCUUUUCUAGCGGAGCCAGCUUAUAGGCAGGUUUUGGCCGCCUUCCGGCGGCGCGUGAAGCUUCCUGCGGCGGAGGGAGCCGCCGCGCUCGGGUUCGACCUUUGUGUUAACGUCUCCGGCAUCACAAGGCCGAGGCUGCCGAAGCUGAGAUUCUUCCUUGCCGGAAAAUCGGUGCUGUCGCCACCAGCAGGGAAUUAUUUUAUUGAGCCGGCGGAUGGAGUAAAGUGUCUCGCGGUUCAGGCAGUUCGACCGGGUUCUGGAUUUUCUGUGAUUGGGAAUUUGAUGCAGCAAGGGUACUUGUUUGAGUUCGAUUUGCACCGGUCGCGGAUCGGGUUCUCGCGUCACGGAUGUGCGGUUCGCUAAACAUGAAAAAGUGAAACCGUAAAACGAACCGGGUUAUUUAUUUAAAUGAUACGGAUUUGUUAUUAUUGCCACGUGUAUUUUUUGGGGGCAUUUGAGCUUGUUUGGAUUGUUGCUGUCAACAAUUUCGGUGGACGAACGUUAUGAUGAUCUGUAUUUUAUUAUAUUUUAUAUUUUGGAAAUUCUUUUUGGUUUAUUUA